AUGGAACACUUUGACAACAACGAUGGCGUCCUUCCUUCACCAUUGGCGAACGACAUUACCAACCGCUUGCAAGAUGUCGGAAUUGAGGGAUCGCUGAUUCGUAAUGAGGACGUCCUGAGAUCUAUGAGAGACAACAUGGUGCCGUCGCUUUGUAUGAAGAAUGUGGAUGAGGCACUGUCGAUUGCAAGAGAAUUGAAGUUGAUGUUUCCAAAAUCGGCAAGGUGUGCCAAGUAUGAACGCUUGAUUACCACGUUCAAGAGGCUCUCGGAUAACGUGGAUCAAGCAGCAGCAUCCAUGGCAACACUCAAUGACAGCAGAGGAAAGAUUGAUUUCAUCAGCAUACUUCCUGACUAUAUUGUCGCCCGCAUUGUUGACUAUCUUUGGGGAAGCAUUUCGAGCAUGCAUGAUACUACGCCUACGUUUUUAUAUGUGUCAAAACAUUGGCGCAAAACAAUCCUCAAAACCACGCCAUUUCUAUCGUAUCAGCUAUCAACGACAAAUCAGUCGGCUUUUGAUGUUGCAACCAUGUCAUAUUACUUUCAUAUUCGAAGAAUGACGAUUCAUGGAAGAGUCAUCUUGUUUUCGCAUCUACAUGAGACACACUUUGUCAACUUGAAACAUCUCUGCAUUGACAUACCCUAUGAUUCGCCUGCAAGUUCACACAAUGUUGCAUCGUCUUUGAGCACCGAAUGUACCACUGUGAGACACCACUACAAUCUCGAUGAAGUCAUGGAACGCUGUCCAAAUCUCGUGAGCUUGAAAUGGAUGGGCAAGGCGCUGGAUGCGGGAAAUGGAAAGCAAUACCGGCAGCUACGAGUAUUGGAGCUAUUUGGCCACUAUGAUAGUUUCGAUGAGCUUCUCGUACAAUUGCCUUGUCUCGUGGUCCUCUCCAUUCGGGAUGUCCUUCGCGUUGAUGAGCUGGAUCGAGUCAUGAAAUAUUGUCCAUCACUAAAGUGCCUCAAGUGCCAUCCAUCCCCUAAUGAGUUGAUUCAAUGGCCAUACGAAUGGGAUCAGAGUUUGGAAAAAGGCAUCCAGGAUCUUGCUUUUUAUGGAGGAGUCUAUGGCGAUGGUGCGAAACACAUGGUGGAGUCCCUUGUACGAGCAUCCAAAACGUUGAAACGUUUCGCUUUGAACCUUUCACUUUUUGACGCCUAUGACCAAAUGAUGCCCCUGCCAUCAGAGACAACCUUUCCUCACUUGGUGUAUCUUUCGGGUGGGUCAACAUACAAGGAUGACACUAUUGGACUUUUACGCAGAAUCAUUCGGCGUUCACCAUGCCUUGAAUCGAUACAACUAGGUCAUCAUUUUUUUAUAUCUGAUCAACCUUUACCGAUUGAGCUGAUGGCAUCUUGUACCCGGCUGAUCCAUAUCAACCUCAUCAUGAAUGAACAUCGUCAAGACGUCCGAGCUUUGAAACGAUUUAUCAAGACGCAUAUUGAAAGGGGUAGUCAUUCGACAUUGCGGUCACUCUCAAUGGCAGUAUGGGAGGACAAAGGCGCUCGUAAACUUUUACCGCUGAUCGCACAGUUACCCUUGCUAGAGGAUUUGCAUCUCGCUGUGGGCUCCAAUUGUCGAAUAAGCAAGAUUGUGGACGCCAUCUCUACCAACAAUGCAUUUAAUAUCAAGCAACUGCAAAUCAGCUUUGUGGGUUGGAGCACCGUUGAAGGGCCUGUUUUUGACGCAUUACAACAUUUGCACUGUCUAAACUCUCUGGUCAUCAGCGUACAUCACCUGUCAACAUUGGCUGCACUUUCAUUACUUGAAUUGGAUCAGGUUUCCCGGUUACAAAUACCAUUUGACGGACUUGAUGAUUCGAUCUUUGCCAUCCUUCGCAAACAGUUUCCCAGUAUGAUAGCCUUGAAAUGA